AUGCCGGGUGGUGACCGAUGGACCAGGGUAGUAAUGAGCUGCCGGACUGGGACGGACACGGACGCCUGCGAGAUCCGCCGCUGCGUGCUGUUGGAGAUCACGCAAAUAAAUGGCUCCGGGCAGGACGCCGGUGCAGAUGCUGUGCUGUCCCCCACCUAUGCAUCUGACGACGGCGACCUCCGUUCCUUCUCUUCAAUGAGCCGCCCCGAGCAGACCCUUGAGUUCGCCAUUGAUUGCAUGCUUCCGGCCAGCACGGAUCUGAGGAGCCUUGCUGAGGGCCUCCCAGUGGACGUGGGCAACGAACCGGUGUGUGGCCAGAACUUUAUGACGAGUUCAUCUGUGAUGCCACCUCCAGAGGGAAAUGAUGAGGACGUCAAGGAGAUAGAUGGUGAGCAGUUUGCUGAUGGCACUGCCAACAAGAAAGGAAAUUCACAUCAUGGAAAGUCAUUCUUACCACAAGAGGAUAGGGUUAUAGUGUCCGGGUGGCUGAACAUUUCUAAAGAUGCAAGCACAGGUGCAUCCCAGACCGCAAAUGCCUUCUAUGCUCGGUUGCAUCGCUAUUUCCUUGAGAAUUGGGACAUGCAAAGCCAGAGGAGCCAGGUCUCCAUUCAAAAUCGAUGGACUGCCAUUCGAAAGGCAGUUAGCAAGUUCCAAGGGAUCAUGUCUGCUAUUCAGAGAAGGAAUGAGAGUGGCAAGACCGAUCAGGAUAAGAUUAAUAAUGAUGCUAUCAGAGCUUAUGAGGAGAAAAAGUCAUGGCAGUUCGCACAUUGUUGGGAGAUUUUGAGGAGUGAACCAAAAUGGAAUGACUACUUACUGGCGUGUAGCAAGCCAAAGCAAGUCAACGACAAACAGCCAGCUGCACCACCAGCCACCCCUGCUAAUGCAACUAUGCCUACUGCACCGAUUGAAAGGCCUGCAGGACGGGAUAGUGUGAAGAGACGCUGUUCAACCGUGGAGGACUCAGCAUCUAGUGUUGCUGUGGAAAUGUUACAAAAAAUUCAUGCCAGAGGACAGCAGAUGGACAAGCAGGAAGCAAAGCAGAACGAGGAGCUGGUAGCUAUUGAACGGGCCAAGUUUGACCUGCAACAGCGAGCAGUGCUCGCGAAGAUUGAAUAG